AUGGUAUCCUGUCGUAAGAUAUCGAAUGAUAUCACAGCAAGAAAACGAGAAAAGCGACAAUUUUUUGGCAACUUUGCUAGCCUAUCUGUUGGACCAUAUUUCAAUCUAGCCUGGGGCGGAGGUCAAAGUGGUUGGUAUGGCUAUGGCCCAUAUAAUUAUGGCUAUGGUCCUUAUGAUUAUGGUUAUGGCUGGGGAAUGCCAUGGCAAUCAUUUGGGCCUCGUUUUAUGAGAAGGCGAUUUUUGAGGAGGCGUUGGGGAUUUAAUGGCGGUUUUGGUGGUCCAUGGUUUUUUGGUUGA